AAUAAACUUAAAACUUCCAUGGUAAAUGUGAGAUUUUUUGGUUUUGGUUCAAAAACUCCAAAAUGAACGUCAUAGACGAAAAAAGGAAAAAUAUUAUCAGUGAAAAAAAAGGCUGUAUGGACUAACUAGAUAGAUAGAUUCCAUUGUCUUAAUGAAAAAAGACGAACCAUAAAACGUCAAUGUCAGUCUAUAAAAUUAUAAAAAUAAAUAAAUUAAAUAUGUGAACGAAACAUAAUAUUUUAAAUGUUAACUAAUAUAUAUUCACUUGGAAACUAUUUUAGUAAAGGCAAGGCAUUUUCAGUUUUAUUAUGUCCAUUCCUAAUAUAAUUUAAAUAAUAAAUUUGGAGGUUAUCAUAAAAACUUUUUAUAAAGUGGAGCGGAGUGUAAAAGAAUUUAAAAAUUACUGAAAUCUGUCAAUAUCCAAAUAAGAAGAAAUAAGCGUGGGAAAGCACAAUGCGCACUUACACACGGAAGAAGCCUGAAUAUCAAUUUAUAGAAGGAGUCCAGGAAUUAUGCAGAUUGUGUUUAGAAAAAGCUACGUCUUUUGUUCAAAUUUUUACAGAAGAUUCUGAGAGCGACGUUUGUGGUGCACUUUCUCUUAGGAUAAUGAUAUGUGUAGGUUUGGAGAUAACUCGAGAAGAUUGUCUUCCAAAUGCUAUCUGUUUAAAAUGUUAUGAUGAACUAGAAAAAUACUAUACAUUCCGGAAAAAAUGUGAGAUGACCUAUCAGAAGUUAAAAUCUCAUGUUCUAGCAGUUAGAGAGAAGGAACGUCAGAAGAGUUUAGAUAAUAAUGAAACAUCUGAAUCAGAAAAUAUUGAUAAGUUAAACAAUCAUGAAGAAACAAAUAUGCAAACUUUGGUUUUGUCAUUAAAUGGGGAAGAGUCUUCUGAAGUAGUUAAUGUCAUUAAUGGAGCACAGAUAGUUAAUUUACAGGUACAAAAUAUAUCAAGCACAGAUUUGCCUGUAUUACAAAUUGAAGAAUCAAAUACUGUCUCAAUGGUUCUGUCUUCAAUACUAAUUGAACUUGGGGUACUGCAGCAGCAGACAGAUGGGACAUUGGUUAUGGUUGAUGAGACCCUAAAGACAGUGGAGCUGGAAGGAGAAGAUCAGACUAAAAUUAUAUUAGAACUUGUUGAAGAAGACAUGGAAGGAACUAUAUCAGCCAGCAAAGAGGAACCGACUUUAAGCAAAUUUAAUGAAAAUAUUUCAGAAAUGAAAUAUGUUGUUGAUGAACCUAAGAACAAACUGGAUCUCAAAAGACUUAACAUAAAAUUCAAAGAAGAAGAUAUGUACAGCGACCGGCGGUGUGAGACGUGCGGCAAGCUGUUCGCGUCGCGCAGCGUGCUGGCGCGCCACCAGCGCGUGCACACCGGCGAGCGGCCGUACGCGUGCGCGCGCUGCGGCCGCCGCUUCGCGCAGCGGGAGCGACCGUUCGCCUGCGAGUUGUGUCCGAAGAGUUUCACUCAGCGUGGCGCGCUCGCCGUACAUGCUCGCCAACACGUUCCGAAAAACGCUCGCGCUCUUGAGCUCCACCGAUGUAGAUUCUGUUCUAAAGUCUUCCUCUAUGCCUCAGGUCUCAGUCGUCACAUGACCGUGCACAGCGGUAAAGUGUUCGUGUGCAACACCUGCUCGCGGCAUUUCCGCGACAAGAGCUCGUUGCGGCGGCAUCUGCGUAAAUCGCAUCGUUCCGACGAUACUCCACCCCCACCAACAAAAUUAUAA